AUGCUUAGUUUACGCAAUGAUGUUUGGGCAUAUUAUUUUAAGACAAGAAAAUGGUAUGACGUAAUUGUACACGGUGAAAUACCACCAGAACGAUUUCAACAUACAGCAUGUGUAAUCGAUGAAAAAAUGUAUGUGUAUGGUGGAAUUGAUUCAGCUCGCAGACAAUUAUAUCUGGAUGUAUUGAAUUUACGAAAAAGUUGUUGGGAAAAAUUGGAUGAAGGAGGUCAGAAGCCAUGUGGAAUACGUGCAGCAUGCUCUUGGGUUCAUGACAAUAAGAUGUACAUAUUUGGUGGUUAUAGAGGUGAAUAUUACAUAACAACACUACAUCGAUUUGAUCCUAAAACAUUAGUAUGGCAUGAAAUGAAACCAUUUGGUUUAAGCGGUCCGAUAGGUCGAGAACGCCAUUGUGCAGUUAUUGUCGGCGAUUGCGUUUACGUAUUUAGUGGUUUAGCUUCCGUUGUUUCACUUACUGGAAAUGUCGGUUUUGGAUGUUUAAUGGAAAUGUGUGAUCUCAAUGUUUUAAGUUACAAUUGGACGCUGAAAAAUCUUGCAUCAAUUGCUGUAUUACGGUAUCAAUUAAAUUUUAUGCAAUCUGUUGAACUUCCAGUUGAGUUGAAGAUUUAUCUUAAUAUGAUGAUAAGGAGGAAUGAUGUAUUAUGA